AUGGCGCCGACGUCAAGCAGCUGCCAGCUGUACGAGGGGAACUUCGAGGACUGGCGCAAGCGCAUGAACGCCAUCUUCAUGGUCCUCCGAAGACCUAGACAGCUCUCCCCUGCCAGCCUCUACGACCCAACCAUCGGCGGUACCCUCGACGCAGCGAGCACACCAAGUGAGGUGCAGACGGUCCGCCGCCGAAUCAGCCCCGCCCUCCUCGCUCGCCUACCCGAGGACCUGUGGUCUCCCGAACGCAGUCUUGGAGCACUCUACAAACAACUGCAGCAAUUUUGUCAGCCCUUCCGCCUCUUCUCCUUGCCAGCGGAGUUACGGAUCAAGAUCUACGAAGAGGUCAUCAAUCAGCCCGAGAUUAUCAGCCCGAACGAGAAACCGACAUGGACCGUCACUUCCUCCCACCGUCUCCCUGCCCUGGCUCAGACCACCCAACAGCUCCGCCAAGAACUCCUUCCGAUCUACUUCUCCGCCGUCACCUUCACCCUGACGAUUGACAUAGACGUUAUCGACGGACGUCUGAGCUACCCUUGCACGGUCAAAGACCUCGCGCUGGGUUGGAGUUGCGACUUUAUCGGUGCAUCCGCCCGUCACCUCCGCCACAUCUCACUCGAUCUCACUGUACUCGAAACUGAACCUGGCCCCCUCAUACGUUUGCAUCGCAUUACCCUGAAUCUGUUCUUCAGCAAGACUAAGGGAUACUGGGUAGAGUACCCCGACAACCUGUCCAGUCGUUCUAAAGAGGCCCUUGGUGAGCACGUUCGAUUCGUGAAUACAAAGCGCAAAUAUCUCGGCUUGAACGGCGAGGCGCUCCUGGUGGCUCUGGUGGAGGAGUACUGUAUGUGGGACUUCGUGGGCUUGUCCGUUGGGGAAGACCUUUAUUGA